AUGGCAACGGCCUGGAGAAGCACACUCUGUUUCCGUGAGCCAUGGCCACUACUGCACCACCCCCACUGCUACAGCUGCUACUAUCUUCGUCUUGUCUUGCUCAUCAGCCUGGCUUUCUUUCUUAUGGAGGUAGCUGGAGUAGAAGGGAGAGUGAGCAGCAAGGGAUGCUUGCAGAGGGAGAGGGAUGCUCUCUUGCUUUACAAAGCCGCCAUCAAAGAUCCUUCCGACCGCUUGUCUUCUUGGCAUGCCCAAGUAGACUGCUGCGCUUGGAAUGGCGUGGUCUGCCACAACAGAACAGGCAGAGUACGAGUGGCCGAGCUCAACCUUCAAAAUCCAAAUGCCUACCAAGACGAUAAUUUGAGGGAGACGGCUUUGAAGGGUGAGCUGCUGAAUCCUUCAUUAUUCUCUUUAACUCAUUUGCACACCUUAAAUCUAAGUUUCAAUGACUUUGAGGGCUUCCAAAUUCCUCCUCUCGUUGGUUCUCUUCACAAACUCAGGUAUCUUGAUCUUUACCGGUCCAACUUUGGUGGAACCAUUCCCCCUCAUCUUGGAAACUUAACUAAUCUUCGUCAUCUUCAUCUCAGCUCAUAUUUUAAUUCUGCCAAAGUUGUUGUCCACAACCUAGACUGGCUCUCCGGCCUUUCUUCUAAUUUGAUUUAUUUGGGCAUGUCCUUUUUGGAUCUCAGCGCUGCCUCCCAUAAUUGGAUAUCAGCAGUCAACAUGCUACCUUCCCUACAACAAUUAUAUUUAUAUGAUUGUAAAAUUAAUAAUAUCCCUCUUUCUCUUAGUUUCCAUCUCAACCUCAGUACUUCACUUGUGGAUCUUAAUCUUGGUUCCAACAACUUCAACUCUUCUUUUCCUAACUGGUUCGGGAAUCUCACCAGCCUCUCCUCUCUUUAUCUUGAGAACUCUGGAAUUCAAGGGACACUGCCUACCGAAAUUGGCAACUUAGUUGGCCUCACACAUCUUGUUCUUUCUUCGAAUUUGCUCUCUGGUCCUUUACCUGAUGUGAUUAUGAAUCUAUCAAGCUUAUCUACACUAUGGCUUUAUAAUUGUUCACUAAGUGGUCCAAUCCCUAGUGAGUUAGGAAAUAUGACAAAGCUAAAUAAUAUUUAUCUUCCAUAUAAUUCACUUUCUGGACCAAUACCAAUUGAGAUUUGGAAGCUAGUCAACCUAAAUGAGCUUCUUCUCUCUUCUAAUUUGUUGGAGGGUGAAAUUACUGAGUUCCACCAUUCUAAUCUUACUUUUCUAGAUCUCUCCUAUAACAAAAUUAGUGGUACUUUGCCACCAGCGUCCUUACAGAAUAUGACUAAACUAAAAUUCUUAAGUCUCCGUUCAAAUCGACUUGAAGGUUUAAUUCCCCGCUUACCACCCAACCUAAAUUUUCUAGAUCUAUCCAAUAAUACCUUUUCGGGACCACUACCACCAGCCUUAUUAACAUCCAAUGUCUGCAAUUCUUAUAAACUUAAGGACCUCGACAUAUUGAAUAACCAAAUAUACGGCGAAAUUCCUCUAUGUUGGCAAAAGAAUUCACUUCUUGAAUAUAUUAAUUUGGGAAACAAUAUGCUCUCUGGAGAAAUUCCAAGCUCUUUUGGAAACUUAAUGAGACUUGAGUUCUUACACUUGAAUAACAAUAAUCUAAAAGGGCAUCUCCCAUCGUCACUACAAAAUUGCACUUGCAUAUUAGUUGUUGAUCUUGGUAACAAUAGAUUCUCUGGAAAUAUACCUAUAUGGAUUAGUCAAAGUUGGCAUUACUUGCGCAUUCUUCAACUACAGUCAAAUAUGUUUAAUGGCAAUAUUGAUCCACAACUUGGGUAUUUAAGAGAUCUACAAAUUAUCGAUCUUUCAAAUAAUAAAUUGUCUGGACCCAUACCAAGUUCUUUUGGAAAUUUCUACCCGAUGAUUUCAACAUCAACACCAUCACCUUAUCCCUUUGAAGAAAGAGUACAACUCAUGGAUGGAUUUUUUAUAUUAAAUGAAGUCAUUACUUUGGCUACAAAAGGAUACCAACUUACCUUUUCAUCUAUUCUUUAUCUUGUGAAGAGUAUAGACCUUUCAAAUAAUGAAUUAACAGGUGAGAUUCCGGAAGAAUUAGGAUAUCGUGUUGGACUCCACACUUUGAAUUUAUCAAGAAACUACUUCAAAGACAAGAUACCAAAUAGCAUUGGCAGAAUGAGUGCAUUGGAAACUUUGGAUUUAUCCUUCAAUAAUUUAUCAGGGGUUAUUCCUCAAAGCUUAUCACAACUAAAUGCUUUAAGCCAUUUGAAUUUAUCUUAUAAUAACUUAUCCGGAAACAUUCCCUCCGGGAAUCAACUUCAAACAUUGAAUGAUGCAUCCAUUUAUAUUGGUAAUCCUUAUCUCUGUGGAACCUUAGUAAACAAGAGUUACUUUCAUGGGAACAACACCAAUGCGACAAGCGAGGAGCAUGCAAUGUUAUCAUCAAUCUUAUCAAUCAUUCUCAGUAGCACACUUGGAUAUUUUAUUGGAUUGUGGAGUGUGUUUGUCCUCCUACUAUUCAAGAAAAAAUGGAGGUACUUUUAUGUUAAAAAGGUCGAUGAAAUUUAUGAUAUAGUUUAUGUGACAAUUAAGAUAAGAUUGGAUCGAAUAUUGAAUGUUUAG